CAGAAUUAUGUGCUCAGGUUAUUCAACCUUCGACUACCCACAAGUUCAUGUGCUCAGGUUCACUCUGAUAAGACUUCCGCUGUCUUAAUAGUCUACCAUUCCAGCAAAGAUCCUUGGUUAAGUACUCGUGGUUGCUGAUUCUAUACUUAGUCUCCUGCAACACCUGUCAAAUUAUUACAGUUCUCACGCCUAGACACUAUCAGAAGUUCGGACACACGAUGUUGCCCACUAUCACAAACUUGAGGAGGCCCUGCUAACGGAAGGUUUCAAGAAGAAUGAGUAUGAUCCCAACUUAUUCCUAUUGCAGAAGAAGGAUGGCUUUCUUAUGCUCUUGAUGUGCGUGGAUUAUUUCAUUCACUCAGUCGACUGUGUUGGUUCACAGAGUAGAGCAGAUACUAGAGAUGCAUCUCAAGUGUUCCAAGACCAAAGAUGUGAAGUACUAUUUGCAAAUGCAUGUAGAGAGAGACUUAAACCAGAGUGUGCUGAGGUUGCAUCAGAGGAAGUACUAUCAGGCUGAGAAGUAUGGGUUGCAGGAAGGGGGAAAACCGGCAACACCACAAACUUCUGCGCUCGGUAUAUAGCCCUGCGCCGAUCAGCAUAUAGCGGGUGAGAGUGACAAGAAGUCGUUUCUCUCAGAAUAAUGCAAUGAACUAGAAUGAGUAAUACACAUCAACUUAUACAUAUGUUUGUAUGUAGAAGUUAUAGGCUAGAUACUGUAGGUGUGUGUUCUUAGAGGGACACAUGGGACUCAAAUUCUUUAAAAUAGGACACUUCAUCAGGACACACACGACAGCAUGCACCGAGGAAACGACACAGCUGUUCGUUCGCUACAUCAUCUCACACCAUGGCAUUCCAACCACACUCAUCUCCAACCGAGACCCCAAGUUCACCAGCAAGUUCUGGAAGGAAGUGAUGUCUCUGCUCGGGACCAAACUCGCCAUGUCAUCCGCCUACCAUCCACAGACAGAUGGACAGACCGAGCACCUCAACCAAAUUGUACAGCAACUCAUCCGCGCAGCAUGCAAGGACGAAAUCUCUAAAUGGGACUUGCAUCUGCCUGUCCUGGAGUUUGCCUACAACACCGCCUCUCACGCUGCUACUGGACAGAUGCCAUUCUUCCUCUUUUAUGGAUGCAUCCCACCCACGGCAUAAAAACCAAUAGCAUCUGCCACAGUCCA